AUUCCUAUGAAAAUUAUUAUUCUGUAUUUUUCUGUCCAGACUUGGGUUAAAGGUUUACAAAACAAGCUUGUGUGGAUUUAGAGGUUAUAUUAUAUGAUAGAAAAACACUCUUGAGGGCGUCGACUCCAAGUUGUUUUCUAGGAAGAGAGUCGCCACCCACUCAGGAGGAGGGCUAACAGCUACAAAAAGACUCACAACUUCUUUUCUAAUCAGAUUAAAAAGGGCCGAGUGGUUAAGGAUUGACCAAGCAACAGCUAUAGAUUCUUCCAACACUUCGCUCAGAAUAAAGAUGAACACUGAGGUGGACAUGAAGGACGUGGAGCUCAACGAGCUGGACCCUGAAAAGCAGCCCAUGACUGGUGACGGGCAGACUGCCGGUGGCGAAAAAAACGGCAACCUUAAAACCAAGGGUUCUGAUGAAGAAGUGGCGUUCACUGGCCUGUCCAAAGAAGAACUCAUGAAAGUUGCUGGUACUCCAGGAUGGGUAAGAACCCGUUGGGUGCUGCUUAUCCUCUUCUGGCUGGGCUGGUUGGGCAUGCUAGCAGGAGCUAUCGCCAUUAUUGUCAACGCGCCGCGCUGCAAACCUAUCCCGGAAAUGAGGUGGUGGAAUAACGGACCUCUGUACCAGAUCGGUGACGCUGAAGCUUUCGCUGAUGGAUUGGCAGGUGUUGAGAAAAAACUGGACAACAUCAACCAGCUUAAAGUCAAAGGUUUGGUUCUUGGGCCUUUUCACACCGUGCAGGCGGACCAGCCUAGCACUCUCAACCUGAAGCAGAUCGACCCGACUCUGGGGAGCAAGGAAGACUUAAAGGCGGUGCUGGAGAAGGCUCACAAGAAGGGCAUUUCUGUGGUGCUUGACCUGACUCCGAACUACUUAGGAUCGUCGCCAUGGUUCGGCACCGCCGAUCUCAACGAUGUGUUGGCCAGCGUUCAGGACGCGGCGAAGCACUGGCUCGACCUGGGCGUCGACGGAAUCAAACUCUCCGACAUCGGCACGGCCAACUCGGCGGACUUGACUCCGCUGCUAGAUGUGCUUAAGGGGAAUGACACUGAAGAUGAAGCUGUGAAAAAGAUGCUGAUGGGUGUAGCUGAAGGCUUUUCAGCCGCGGAGAUCUCCCAGCUGCUCAACACCUCAGGCGUCGACCUGAUGCUGUCCGACCUGCUCGACACCAACCUUCAAGGUGCGCAGCGUAUCGACGCCGUAAACACCCUGCACAUGGAGCAGAGACGUCUGGGUUGGGGGCUCGGUGCCGCCAGGCGGCUACAGCUAGCAAAACUGGCAGUGUCUCGGGCUCUUAUCCGACUCUAUCAGCUAUUGCUCUUCACCAUGCCCGGAACGCCCGUUUUUAACUACGGUGAUGAGAUCGGCCUUCAGAUGCAGGAUGAAAAACCUCCCAAAAUGAUUUGGGAUCUCGAGAAGGACUCCAAAGCCGACGAAGCCGCCGUCAACGCUACGACAGAGGCUGACCGCGAGGAAUACUCGGCGGUCAGGAUGUGGUUCAAAUCCCUGAGCGACCUGCGGGGCAAAGAGCGUUCCCUCCUCCACGGCGACUACUAUCCUCUCCAGUCGUCAGUCUCGACGCUCGCUUUCCUGCGACUGUGGGACCAGAGCGAAAGAUUCGUCACGGCGGUCAACUGGGGUCAAGUGGAGGAGACGCUUCAGCUCAAGCUAGCACCCACAGAAGAAGUCAAGUUACCAAAAUCCGCUACAGUUAAGUUGUCCACUGAUCCAGCAAUGGAGGUUGAAUCCACAGUGGACUUGGACAAAGUCACUCUAGGACCAGGACAAGGUGUCCUCUUGCAGUUUCCCUACAAGGGCUGAAGAGUCAGAAAUGAGGUAGUUAGUUAAAAACUUAACAAAAAAAGACAUAUUUGACAAGUCUAAUGGGUCAUUAAAAUCACUGCGCGUCGGCCAGUCCACUUGAAUUUUGUUUUGGCGAAUAUGCAGAUUGUUUACAAAAGUUUGACAUUCCGUUCUCGUUUACUAGUUUUGUCAUUGAGUCGCAAACGGAAAUGAAUAAACAGAAAGUUCUGGACUGA